GGUGGAGUUCUAUUCAUCCGUCAAGGUUGCAUCCUCGUCCCCCGGGCCUUACGGAAAUGAAGGAAAUCGCGGCGAAGUGUGAUUUCGAUAGUCUCCUUCAAGAGAGUAAUUCGCGCUUGGUGGUGGUUGAUUUCUUCGCCACAUGGUGUGGUCCGUGCAAAGACAUUGCUCCAAAAUAUGUCUCUCUUUCCGGGUCCUAUCCUGGCGUAACUUUUGCGAAAGUUGAUGUGGACCAACUUCCGGAUUUGCCCGAAGAAUAUGGCGUAACAGCGAUGCCAACAUUCAUUUUUUUCAAGAACGGCAAGGCUGUAGAAACUGUUCUAGGCGCUUCCAUUGAGAAAGUUGAAGCGGCUGUUAAGAAGCAUGUCUAAAUCGCGAAGCGAUUUCUAAUCGCCCUUGUCUCUCUGUACACUUCGUCCAGAAUACACGUCUGUUUCACACCG